CUUUGCCUCUCGUUACAGAAAUAAUCCUCAAUUUAGAGAGAAACGAAAAGAAAUCUUUGUCUCUCGUUACAGAAAUAAUCCAGAAUUUAGAGAGAAACAAAAACAAAUCUUGGUCUCUCGUUACAGAAAUAAUCCAGAAUUUAGAGAGAAACAAAAACAAAUCUUGGUCUCUCGUUACAGAAAUAAUCCAGAAUUUAGAGAGAAACAAAAACAGCACUUUACUGGCCGCUACAGAGACAAUGCUGAGUUUAGAAAGGGAAGAAAACUGUACUACACUGCUUUUUAUAGAGACAGCCUUGAUUUUAGACAAAAGAAGAGAUCUCAUAUUAUUCAGCGUUAUGCCCAUGACCAGGCAUUCAGACUGAGACACAAACAACUAAUGAAACAACGGAUGAAAGACAGAUAUAAAAACAAUCCUACAUAUCGGAGUAUGCAGAACAUGAAAUGUGCCAUGAAAGUAAAAAGGAAAUACAGAGGGAUAAAUAAACCAACAGAAGAAAGUGACAACAGUGUAAUCAAAGAGGCCAUAUCUGUUUUCAGAUCACAAAUAAAGUUCGGUCCCACUUAUGUUUGCACCGUCUGUCACAAAGCAUCAUUUCCAAACCAAGUAAGACCCUGUAAGAGGUUAAACUAUGUACGAAAUUCAGACAUAGUAGCAUCAUGCCUGACAGGAAAGUACGUCCAUGUGUGUGAUGAUGAGUGCAGAGAUGAACAACAGUGCAAUGUGCCUGAUGAGAGAAAGGAAGAGUGGAUCUGUCACACCUGCCACAAUCAUCUUAAAGAUGGAGUCAUGCCAACACUCGCUGUAGCCAACAACUUGGAGCUCGCUGACAUUCCACCUGAACUGUGUGACCUCAACAUAUUGGAGAGACAUCUCAUAGCCAAGUGCAUAGCGUUUGCAAAGAUCAUUCCUCUUCCCAAAGGACGACAGAGAGCGAUACAUGGCAAUGUGGUUUGUGUCCCGUCUGAGGUGCAGGAAACAGUGGAAGCGUUACCCAGACUGAGAAGUGAGUCUCAAGUGAUGAGAGUAAAGCUGAAGAGACGAUUGUGUUACAGAGGUCAUCAGCUGUUCCAGACGGUCACUUGGUCUAAACUAGUGCAGGCGCUGCAUAAACUCAAACGCAUUCAUCCACAAUAUCAGGACAUCACUAUCAGAGAUGAGGCUGAGCUUUGUGACCCAACACUUCAAGAUGAGGAUGAUGAUGAGGAUGCCUCCAUGGAUGAGAACGACUAUGAUGAUGCUGAUUUAAAGGAAAUUGACAUGUGUGAGAAAAGUGCACUGUGUGAGACUGAGCUUGGUGGAGAGCAGGAUGUUGAAAUAUUGUCAUGUGAUGGUGAACAAACAGAGGAGCAAAGAGAUGAUGAAGAACAGGAAGGUGACAUGCCUAAUGGUGGUUUUGCUCUAGAAUCAUGUCUUCAGCCAUGUGAUGUUUCAGAGGAGAUUUUAUGUUUCAGUGAAGGAAUCUACUCGGUUGCCCCUGCAGAAAGUAACAGUCCAGUUGGUUUCUUUAAAACUCCUAAACUUGAGGCGAUGGCUUUUCCUGUGCAGUUCCCUACAGGUCAAAACACACUGGAUGAAGGGAGACGUAUGAAAGUAACACCCAGCAGUUAUUUCAAAGCAAGGCUUUUCUGUAUUGAUGAUCGUUUUGCCAGAGACACAAACUAUUUGUUCUUUGCUCAGUUUGUGACUGAAAUACACUUGGCCACAUCCAGCAUGACAAUACAGUUGAGGAAAGGAAAGCCAAUGACUCGAGAUGGACGAAAUAUAACUUCUGGUAUGCUGCAGAAUAAACGAGAGGUAGAGAAACUGGUGAGGAACAAAGAUGCAGUCAGAUUCAUGCAGCCACUGAGAGGAACACCAGCCUACUGGGAGAAAACCACACGAGACCUUUUUGCCAUGAUCAGACAGUUGGGAACUCCUACAUUCUUUUGUACAUUUUCUGCUGCUGAGAUGCGUUGGCCUGAAGUGAUUGAAGCAAUAAAAAGACAGCAAGGCGAGGAGGUGAAUUUUGAAGGGCUUGACUGGUCAGCAAAGUGUGAUAUUCUGAGAAGCAAUCCAGUGACAACAAUGCGCAUGUUUGAUAAGCGUGUUGAGGCCUUAUUCAGAGAUCUGCUCUUAUCUCCUGCACAGCCUCUUGGCAAAGUUGUUGACUACUUUUAUCGAGUUGAGUUUCAGCACAGAGGAAGCCCACACAUUCACUGUCUCAUAUGGGUAGAUGGUGCGCCUGUGUUUGAGGAGGAUGAUGAUCAGACUGUGUCAGCUUUUGUUUCCAAAUACAUCACAGCUCAGCUACCUGAUCCACGCAGACAACCUGAACUACACAAGAAGGUCACAGAGGUGCAAAUUCACAGCAAAAAACACUCAAGGACAUGUUUCAGAAGUCCCAGCUCGGGUUGCAGAUUUGGUUUUCCUAAACCACCUUCCAGUAAGACAAUGAUAUCGAGACCUGGUGAGGGCGUUGCUCCACUGCAACUGCAAAUAGCAAAGUCCAAGCUCCAACCACUGAACUUGUUGCUGAAUGAACCUGAAACUGCCUCACUCAGUUUGCAGCAGCUCCUCGCUAAAUGCAACUUAACACUCCAAGAGUAUGAAGGAUGCCUCAAUGUGAUUAACAAAUCCAGUGCGGUGAUCCUGAAACGUGAGCCAAAAGACUGCUGGGUAAAUGGAUAUAAUCCACAUCUACUUAAAGCCUGGGAUGCCAACAUUGAUGUCAGUUAUAUUCUCAAUGCAUAUUCGUGCAUCAUGUAUCUCACCAGCUACAUCACCAAAAAGGAAUCUGGACUUUCUGAGUACCUUAAAACAGUCAUUGAAAACUCCACCAGAGACCACGUCAAUGAAUGUGAUGAAAUGAGGGAAAUCAUGCAGGCAUACUCUAAAAAGAGAGAGGUCAGUGCCCAGGAGUGUGUGACUCGAGCAUGUGGAAUAAACAUGAAGAAGUGUUCACGUGGUGUCAUAUUCGUACCUACGGAUGACAACGCACUGAAAAUGAGUCGCCCCAUGUCUUACCUGGAGAACACAACAUUAGAAAGUGUAAAUGUGUGGAUGACAUCUUUGACUGACAAAUACAAAGCCAGACCAGAAACACCAGAGUUUGAGCAGAUGUGUUUGGCUGAUUUCGCAGCUACUUGCAGGAUUGUCUAUGGCCAGCAGAAAAAAGGAAAAGAUGUGUUGCCCCUCCUCAAUGAGAUGGGAUUUGUGCAAAAGCGUAAAAACGAUAAGCCUGCUAUCAUCAGAUUUUACCGCUGCUCACAGGAAAAAUAUCCAGAGAAGUUUUAUGGCACAUUACUGAAAUUGUACAUUCCUCACCGAUCAGACAUGGAACUCAAAAGACCCCAUUUUCCCACAUAUGAGUCCUUCUAUAAAAAUGGUUGCGUCCAACUACCAGGUUCUGACUAUGCUGAGUAUGUCCAACACAUUGUGAAACGAAACAAAGACAAAUAUGAGAAAAAUAGUGAGGAGAUUGAGAAUGCAGUUGAAGAAUUUGAACAGAACAGAGGAGUUAUUGAUGAAUGGUGCAAUCUGGCUCCCGAAUCUGAAGUGGAGAGGUUGGAAUGUAUCGAAGAACUGGAGGCAAGAGAGCCAGAUCAUGAAAGUGUUCAAGAAAAUGUUCCAGAAUACAGUAAUCAGGCUGAUGCUGCAACAGAAGCUCGAGCCAUCAGAGAGCCUCCUGCCUUUGACCCCGCACUGCUACGACAGAUGUAUCAGAACCUGAACCAGAAACAAGCAUGUGUAUUCUAUGCAGUUAGAGACUGGUGCGUAAAGCGUGUCUGUGGCCUAAACCCUGAGCAGUUUUUCUUUUACAUCAAUGGUGGUGCAGGAACAGGAAAGUCACAUCUGAUUAAAUGCAUCUACUCAGAAGCAUCUAAGAUACUGUGCAAAGUGCCCAGCCAUUCUGAGGAGGUGGACAUAUCAAACCCUACGGUCCUGCUGACAGCUUUCACUGGAACUGCAGCCUAUAAUAUAUCAGGAUCAACACUGCACUCUCUGCUCAAGCUUCCACGAAGUCUGAAACCUCCAUUUCAAGGACUUGGUAACCAACUGGAUGAGGUCCGAUCAGAACUUUUAAAUGCUGAAAUCUUCAUCAUUGAUGAAGUUUCCAUGGUGUCAAAGCCCCUGUUUGCUUAUGUGGAUGCAAGACUGAAACAGAUCAAAGGCAGUCCCAAACCCUUUGGAGGAAUGUCAGUAAUAGCGGUUGGAGACUUUUAUCAGCUGCCACCAGUUCGACAGUCCAAGACCCUCUGUGUGUACGAGCCCUGUGAGAUUGACCUAUGGCAGGAACACUUUCAGACAAUCACCCUUACUGAGAUUAUGCGGCAGAAGGAUGAUGUUGCCUUUGCAGAGAUGUUGAAUCGGAUCCGUGUGAAAGGAAAGUCAGAUGAGUUGUCUAAAGCAGACAGAGCCUUGUUGUCACAGACCAUCACUGAACCAUCACUUUGUCCACCUGAUGUCCUGCACAUCUUUGCAACUAAUAAACAGGUUGAUUCACACAACUCAGUAACAUUAGCUCUGCUCCAUUCUAAUAUCACCAAGAUCGAUGCAGAUGACUACAAGAAAGACCCACGCACUGGAAGAAUGGCUCGACAAGCCCAACCAUACAAAGGAACCAGAAAUGAGUUACCAGAUACACUAAACCUAGCUGAAGGUGCUCGAGUCAUGCUCACCAGAAACAUAGACGUGUCUCAGGGAUUGGUGAAUGGGUCGUUUGCUACACUAGUCAGGGUGAUAACCUCAGAACAGAGUGGUGUUGCACAUGUCACUAUGCUCGGCCUUAAGAUGGAUGAUCAAACUGCUGGAACGAAUUACCGUAAUAGAGCACCAGGCGGCCCUGAUGAUGUGGUGUACAUAGAGAGAGCAGAGGAUAAUCUGAAACAGAAAGGAGUGGUACGCAGACAGUUUCCUGUUAGACUUGCCUUUGCCUGUACCAUACACAAGGUUCAGGGUAUGACAAGGACAUCAGCUGUAGUGUCACUGAAACAUAUUUUUGAACCUGGCAUGGCUUAUGUAGCUAUCAGUAGAGUGACCUCUCUCAGUGGAUUGCACAUGCUGGAUUUGGAUGAGAGUAAAAUCUAUGCCAACCGAGAAAUCACUGGAGCACUCGAGACCAUGAGACAAGUCAACUUGGACGACAUGAUGCCUCUUCUUUGUAUGACACAGACAUUGAGCAGACGAGACACUCUGACCAUUGUUCACCAUAACACUGAAGGUUUGCCAUCUCACAUCAAUGACAUCAGGAGCCAUCAUGAACUGUGUCUUGCAGAUGUUUUGUGUCUCACAGAAACUCACCUUCAAGGCUCCUUUGUUGCAGAGAGUCUUCAUUUAGAGGGCUACAACAUGUUCAAACGCAACAGACACCUGUCUUACACAAAUGUUCCACAAAUAGCCAACAGAGGUGGUGGUGGAGUGGCUGUUUAUGUGAAAAACCACAUUCAAGUGCGUGAGAAACAGUACGUACAUAAUGUAACCGAUCUUGAGUUUGUGGCUCUGAAGGUAGAAGCCCCAGCGAGUGCCCUGAUUGCAGCUGUGUACAGACCUCCAGACUACAGUGUGAGAUCAUUCUUGUCCAACCUGGGGAACCUUCUGGACUCAUUGGAGAUCAUGGACUGUCAGCCCAUCAUUGUCUGUGGGGAUUUCAAUGAGAAUCUCUUCUCCAACACUGGUAAGCCAAUCCUUGAGCUCUUCCAGUCCAGAGGAUAUGCACAAGUCAUCACUAAUGCAACCACCGAUAAGAACACACUGCUGGACCUCAUUUUCAUCUCACAACCACAACACUGUCUCCACUCUGGUGUGAUGAGAACUUAUUACAGUUAUCACAACCCUGUCUAUUGUGUCAUGUCCUCUAAUGGUCCAUGAAGGUAUCAGCUGAGUUUUAAAGAAAAAAGUAAUGUCCCUGUGACUUAAUUUAAACUAAUAUUUAUAUACAUUGAUUUAAUACUAUUCUCCAAAAUUAUUCAGAAGAGGGGCAUCCUCUGUGCAGCCAUUUUUAUUUUCUCAGCCACAGCAGGGCCUUUAUUCUUGUACAGUAAAAAAUAUCACUUGUCAUAAUCACGUUUUCUGUCCACAUUCCUCCAACAGGUCUUAAAAUUGUCAGGUAAGUCCAAAAUCCAUUGAGAAUCAUGGAUUUAAAAAAAAUUAAAUAAAAUGUUAUUAGUCUUGGUUCAUGCAACUGUCAAUGUAAAGAAAACUUAAUCAUCUGGUCAAAAUAUGUGGUUGCAUGUUAAUUAGUUAGUAGAAUGAGUAAUUUUAAGUGUUCACAAUAUGGGAAACAUUAUGGGUCAUAUAGUUUUCCAGGUAAUCAUGUUGUUUUUAUCUAUAUUUCUAACACAUUUUGGCCUGUGCAUUUAUCAGGGUGGGUUUGGAUCAGGGUUGAUAAAUGCACAGGCCAAAAAUCUUUCAGCAGCCGUGUACAAUGUAAAAUGCUGUACACGGCAUUGUACACAGCUGCUGACAUUUAGUGUAGCAGACGCACAUCAGAAAGUAUGUGUUCUAGAUGUAACACAUACUUUCUGAUGUACCUACCAGCUGAAUCCCCACACUUCUAUCCCCAUUAAUGUCAUUUUAUUUAUCCUGUGUUCUGUGUAAUGUUAAGUUUCCUUUGUAAUGGACAUCAGACAAUGUCCUUCUGUGUCUUCCGUAGUGUUAAGUUUCCUUUCUGGUGUACAGGAGACACCGUUCUUAUGUGUCCUUCAUAAUGUUAAGUUUCCUUUCUGGUGUACAGGAGACACCGUUCUUAUGUGUCCUUCAUAAUGUUAAGUUUCCUUUCUGGUGUACAGGAGACACCGUUCUUAUGUGUCCUUCAUAAUGUUAAGUUUCCUUUCUGGUGUACAGGAGACACCGUUCUUAUGUGUCCUUCAUAAUGUUAAGUUUCCUUUCUGAUGGGCAGGUGACAUAGUUCUUAUGUGUCCUUUAUAAUGUUAAUUUUCCUUUUUGAUGGACAGGAGACACAGUUCUCACAUGUCCUCUAAUGUUAAGUUUCCUUUGUAAUAGAUGGGAGACACAAUCCUCCUGUGUCCUCUGUAAAGACACCUUCCAGUUUUGUCCUCAUCUCCUUCCUCAAUGGGUGGAUCAGUUUACAGCAUCUAAGACAUGCCAAAGACUGCAGCACCAACUGAACUGUCUAACACCAUUAGACCUCAUAGAGACACAUUUUACUUCCUGGCUGUCCGAGUCAUCUUUAAAGCACAGGAUGAGAAAACACCUGCUGGUCUUUGCCUCACUUUUUCUCUGACUCUGAGAUUCUGGAUCAGCUCAUACCGAACAAGACAUCAUGCCACCACAGAGCAGAUGUUGGAGCACUAUCUUAACUGUCAGUGGACACCUCACGGCUGGACCACAGAGACACGUGUUCUCUCUGUCAGUUUCGAGUUUUUUUCACAACAGAUAAUAAGCUCCUUCUCCUCUGUGAUUUCUCCACUUCACAAUGAAGACACUCAGGACUGCAGAAAGGGCUAAACACACAAAUGAAGAUCAUGCAGCGUAUUCAGUUGCACUGGCGAUACAAGUUGUUCUGCCCUGCAGCCCGAGUUCAAGGACCAGCAUUGUCCUCCUACCCCCCUGUCUCCAUUUGUGCAUCCAUUGGUGCCCACUGGUCCGUUCAGCAGAGACUAACAGUUGGUUCUUAAGCAAGAGAUCAUGUGUGCAACUGCAAUGAAACAGCUGCAGAUGAGUCUUCAGUCAGUCAUCACUGUCACAGCCCCAAUUUUGUGAAGCAUUAAGCUCCUUCCUAAACCAGCAGUAACGGUAACAAUUUGUUAAUAUAUCCUUUUUAAAAUAUAUCUCUGGUAGUCUUACUACUUGCAUGUGCUAUUUACAUUU